AUGCAGAUCUGGCCCGCACCGACAGUGACAUUUUGGCGACGCUUGCUGACAGCGAUUGGGAGUCCUGGCAUCGGCCUGGCGACGGUCCCGGAGUCCAGCGAAAACCCGCGCAAGAUGCUGAACGAAGCGCACGUUGCGGCGCAGUUCGAGUUCCCAGAUGGGCGUGGACCGUGCGAGCACCAGUCCGUUCACCACGUUCGCGGUGCCGAGCUUGAGCACGACCAGUGCUACAAGGUCUGUUCAAUGGGCGGGCUGUUGAGGAUCGGCGGGCGCCAGACCUACCUGACGGUGAACACAUUCCAGCGUUUUCGAUGGUACCGGAUUUUGGCUGGCGUGUUUUCGGAUUGCAUGUUGCCUGCCGUGGCCGUCAUCGAGCGCGUCGCCUUUCUCUCGCACUCUUGGGUACCGCAAGCCCAUUGGGUCGAGAUCGGGGUUUGCACGUUGGGGAUUCUCGCGUCAUGCGCGUUUCUCAGGGCAUCCUUGCUGCUGUUCGCGAAAGGCAUGGGAGGAGUGUGCUGCUUCGCAUGCGCGCAGUUUCUCAAGCAGCACCUUGUUGCAUCCAAUGCCGAGCUUUUUUUCGCACAGCACGUGUGGGACCGCGAAGUUGGCGAAGAAGAGGUGAACCAAGAUUGGGGCAAGCACAACGCUGAGACGUCGGUGUCUCUGAGGGGCAUGGAGAGCCAUCCCGCGUGCUGGGGAAUGCCGUGGAUGGCAGGAGCCAAUCCGUCAACUCUGACGUAUCAUCUCGAACACACGUUGUUCCCUGGCGUGGCCUAUGCGAACUUGCCCAAGAUCGCAAGGAUCGUGGAGACCACUUGCGCCGAGUUCGGCGUCGGGUGCGACGUGCUGGUCGGCGGAUCGAAGUUGCGUCGGAGAUGGACGACUAAGCUCACCCACUACGCCACUGAUCAGACGAAGGCUGUGGGCAUUUCGAGUAUUGUAGACGCCGCUCGAGAGUUGUUUCAAUUUGUGUUUAUGCUGCUCACAGGCAGGUGA